GUAUACCCAAGUAUAGAAAUUGUGACCUCUUUCCUUUACUUUACUAACUCACUAAAUGGCUCCUCCAUCUCACACUCUUCAACUUCCUCUGUUUCUCACUUGUUGUUUCUUCUUAACAUUAACACUUACUCUUGGUGAAAAACAAUCCUACAUUAUUAGAGUCCAAAAUGACUUGAAACCUUCUGUUUUUUCUGAUGUCGAGCACUGGUAUAGUUCUACCCUUAGUAGCCUAAUUAGGUACAAUCCUCUUAAAAGUACUGAUCAGGAUGAGGAGUUCCUUCAUGUGUAUAAAACUGUUUUCCAUGGCUUCUCUGCAAAACUCACUGCACAAGAGGCCCAACAACUGGCUACUUUCGAUGGCGUUCUUUCAGUUUUACCUGACCGACUUCGACAACUUCAUACCACUCGUUCACCUCACUUUAUGGGGUUGGAUUCAGCUUCUACCAUGUCUAAUCUUGUAACCGAAUCUGAUUCUGGUUCUAAUGUUGUUAUCGGUGUGCUCGAUACCGGUAUAUGGCCAGAACGACCGAGUUUUCAUGAUCAAGGCAUGGGACCUAUUCCAUCAUUUUGGAAAGGGGAGUGUACUGUGGGUGAAAAUUUUACAAAAGCUAAUUGCAAUAAAAAAAUUAUUGGAGCCAGGUACUUCACAUCUGGGUAUCUAGCAAAAAUGGGGAGUAUGAAUUCCUCUACUGAUAUAAAAUCUGCGAGAGACACCGAGGGGCAUGGAACGCACACAGCGUCCACGGCAGCUGGCAGAGCUGUCGGGGAUGCUUCUUUCUUGGGAUUCGCAAAAGGGGUUGCGGUUGGUAUAGCACCCAAGGCGCGGAUUGCUGCCUAUAAAGUUUGUUGGAAAAGGGGUUGUAUGGAUUCUGACAUCUUAGCUGGAUUUGAUAAAGCUGUGGAGGAUGGUGUUAACAUUAUUUCGAUUUCUAUAGGUGGUAGUGCUGUUCCUUAUAAUCUCGAUCCGAUAGCAAUAGGAUCCUUUGGAGCAAUGGAGAAAGGUGUUUUUAUCUCUGCUUCAGCAGGCAACGAAGGUCCUAGAUCAAUGAGCGUAACGAAUGUAGCUCCAUGGAUUACAACAGUGGGAGCUAGCACAAUUGAUAGAAAAUUUCCUGCUGAUCUUGUUCUAGGAAAUGGGAAGAGAAUCACUGGUUCAUCAAUAUAUAGAGGUGAUGAUCCUUUACAUGACAUUAAUAAUUUUCAACAUUUACCCUUAAUUUAUGGUGGUAAUGCUUCAGUGGGUUUACGAAAUGGUGCUAGGCAUUCUAGUAGCUUUUCUUCAGCAACAUGUAUGCCUGAUUCUCUAGAUAAAGAACGUGUACGUGGGAAGAUUGUUGUCUGUGAUCGCGGUGGCACUCCAAGAGUGUCAAAAGGAGAGAUCGUUAAGGAUGCCGGUGGUGUUGGAGUAGUUGUAGCAAACAUAUUCCCCAUGGGAGAAGGACUAGUUGCAGAUGCACACUUGAUCCCUGGUCUAGGGGUGACUGAGUCAGCGGGUAACCUUAUUCGUGAUUACAUUAACUCCAACGCCAAUCCAACAGCCACUAUGACUUUCUCCGAAACUCAAGUUGGGGUAAAACCAGCACCUGUAGUUGCAUCUUUCUCUUCAAGAGGACCUAGCGCGGAGUCUAUUUUUGUUCUCAAGCCGGAUGUGAUUGCACCUGGAGUUAAUAUCUUAGCUGCUUGGCCUGAUGGUGUGGCACCUACUGAGCUAUCAUCUGACCAACGCCGCACCCAAUUCAAUAUUGCUUCAGGAACAUCUAUGUCGUGUCCACAUGUAUCCGGUUUAGCAGCUUUACUCAAAGGAGCUCACCCAUACUGGUCACCAGCAAUGAUUCGUUCAGCUCUCAUGACAACUGCAUACACCCAAGAUCAACAAGGCAAUCCAUUACUAGAUGAAACAUCCUACAACAUUUCAACCACAAUGGACAUGGGUGCAGGGCACGUUGAUCCUGAGAAGGCUGUUGAUCCUGGAUUGGUUUACGACAUAACAGCCGAUGAUUACUUGAACUUUUUAUGUGCUUCUAAUUAUAGUGGUAGGGAUAUUAAACAGAUUACUAAGAGAUCAGGGAAGUGCAGAGGGAAGCAUGAUCAUAAGCCUUGGAAUUUGAAUUAUCCAGCAAUCUCAGUAGCUAUUUAUACGACGCAAUUGCAGGAACCAGCAAUAGUACAAGUGACAAGGACUGUGACACAUGUUGGUGAGACACCAUCGACCUACACAGUAUCAGUGACAAAUCCAAAAGGUGUGAAUGUAACAGUAACUCCGUCGAGUAUGAAUUUUAGAGAAAAGGGUGAGAAACAAAGCUAUGUGGUUCGAAUUAAGGCAGAGAAAAAGGCAGUUACAAGCUUAAACUCAGUGAUUGAAGUAGGAAAGUUAAGUUGGUCAAACGGGAAACAACAUGUGGUUUCCCCUCUUGUUGUAGUUUGGAAACAGCGUUAUGAAAUCAUGAUAUAAAUGUCUUCCAUUAUCUAUAAAUUUUUUUACAUAUUC